AUGGAGGGCAACCCCGCAGAGCACGAUGAGGUCGUGUCUCAAUUCUGUGCCAUGACAGGAACCCAACCCGCAGAGGCUCAGGAAUAUCUCGCUGCCAACGGAUGGGACAUGGAAGCCGCCGUGACGGAGUUCUUCGCCGAACAGGAUGAGGCCAUGCAAAACACAAACACUGGUGGUGGUCAACAAGUGGGUGCAGAGAGUUCAUCUGGAGCUCCUGGAGGGAGAACCCUUGGUGGAGGUGCUGUGCCAGCUUCAUCUGCCGCCGCGGAGCCUUCGUCGUCCACUCGAAGCGCUGCGCCGAAAAAGAAAUUCGCAACUCUAGGAGACUUUUCCCAGGGAGCAGCUGCCGAUUCCUCAGAUGACGAUGAUGACAAUGAUCAAGAUUUCUUUGCCGGAGGCGAGAAGUCGGGAUUGGCCGUUCAGAACCCUGAUGACUUGAAGAAGAAGAUCCUCGAAAAGGCCCGCAGGGCGCAACCAGCUCCUUCUGAUGACCCCGAGCCGAGUGAAUCACAUUUCACUGGCACUGCCCGCACGCUUGGUGGUGACGAUGCGCCGAGUCGAGUGAUUGAAAACCCAUCUGUACCUGCUCCACAGCGCGCCCAGCGUGUUCAGCGCACCCUUCACUUCUGGGCCGAUGGGUUCUCGGUCGAUGACGGUGAACUUUUCCGCUCAGACGAUCCCCGGAAUGCAGAGAUCCUCGAUGGCAUCCGGCAGGGUCGUGCUCCUCUCUCCAUCAUGAAUGUUGAGCCUGGCCAGGAGGUUGAUGUGGAACUCAAACAGCACGAGGAGAAGUACAUCAAGCCCAAACCAAAGUACAAGCCGUUUUCUGGUGCUGGACAGCGCCUUGGAAGUCCGACGCCUGGCAUUCGGAGCCAAGCCCCCACCCCUUCUUCUUCUACGCCUGAAGCAUCUGCCCAGGAGCCUGCCAAACCCACUGUGGAUGAGUCACAGCCCACUGUCACCCUACAAAUCCGCCUGGGAGAUGGUACGAGGUUGACAUCUCGGUUCAACACUACCGCCACUAUCGGCGACGUCUACUCAUUCGUUUCUGCCUCUUCGCCCAGCACCGCAAAUCGCGCAUGGGUUUUGAUGACUACUUUCCCCAGCACAGAGUUGAAGGACCGGGAGGUAGUUCUCGGUGAUAUGCCCGAGUUCAAGCGCGGAGGUGUCGUCGUUCAGAAGUGGCAGUGA